AUGAAGAUAAAGCAAAAGCUGCAGUACAAUAAACAGCAGGACUGCUUUGUGGGGCACGCAGACGUCUCCUUAGAACAACAGGGUGGUGACCUCACCUUAGCGAACUCUCUUCUGUGCUUCGUAAUCACUGGGCUCUCGACAACGUAUCGCAUACCAGUGGCCUACUAUUUUACCAAGGGGUUAACAGGCCCACAGCUUCACAAGUUGUUGAUUUUUGUGCUUGAGAAAGUAGAGGCCUGUGGUUUCAGGGUAAUUCGUUUAGUGAGUGACAACCACAAAGUGAAUGUGAAUGCCAUGAAACUGCUGGGAGAUGGUCUUCUUACGUACAGGGUAGAACAUCCCUGCGACUGUGACAGGCUCCUCUUUUUAAGUUUUGAUCCAUGCCACGUUUUGAAAAAUGUGCGCUCGCAGUUUUUGGCUCAUGACUUUGGCCCGAAAGGAGAGGUCUCAUCCUGUUACAUCAAGAAGCUCUACGAACUACAGAAGGACCUGAUUGUGAAGCCUGUCCGCUACCUCAGCCGAAAGCAUGUAUACCCCAACAAUAUAGAAAAAAUGAAUGUUGCAAGGGCAAUUCAGGUCAUGUCGCCUGAUGUUACUGCGACCUUGGAGCAUCUCAGGGACCAAGCUGGGCACACCUCAAGUGCCUCGUUCGCAGCUGCAGGCCAGACCAUCAUUUUCAUGCAGAACAUGUAUCGCUGGUUUGUGCUGCAUGACACGAGUAAUACUACCCAGCACAUCCACAAAAAAUGGCCUGACACUCGACACUUCGACGAUACUGAAGAUGCCAGGCUGGAGUGGCUUGAGGUAACACUGCCCAUGUACUUGGACGAACUGAAAAACAGCUGUGGAAAUCGAAAGGAAUUCUUGACGAAAGAAACAUAUGAAGCAUUGCUUCUGACCACGUAUUCCACAGUUGCCUGCAUCAAGUACCUGCUCACAGAGGAGAAGUUCCUGUUUGUUCUCACUCGCAAGUUUAACAGUGACCCGAUAGAGUCACUGUUUGGCACAUUGCGAAUGUCCUCCGGUUGUAAUGACAUGCUGGAUGUUCGUUCUGUUUUGUCAGGCUUGGAGAAGGUUCUAAAACUGGAAUUGCAGCAGCCAGUGUGACAUCAAAUGUUGCUC